AUGCCGCAGCCUGCUCGUAGAUACGCGUUUGGGAGGGCCGACGAGGCUACCCACCCCGACUCCAUCAGAGCUACUUUAGCUGAAUUCAUUGCCACUUUCAUCUUUGUCUUUGCUGGGGAAGGCUCUAUCCUCGCUCUUGGGAAAAUUUACAAGGACAGCGACACAUCAGUGUCUGAGCUGAUAGCCAUAGCUCUUGCACAUGCAUUCUCUCUCUUCUCAGCCAUCUCAGCCAGCAUUAACAUCUCUGGUGGCCAUGUCAACCCUGCAGUAACCUUUGGUGCUCUUCUCGGUGGAAGGAUAUCGGUUGUUCGCGCCUUUUACUACUGGGUCGCUCAGCUCCUUGGGGCUAUUGUGGCUUCCCUUUUGCUAAGGCUUGUCACAAAUGGCAUGAGAACAGUGGGGUUCAACGUUGCCCCCGGUGUUGGCGAGUGGCAUGGGCUAAUACUAGAGAUUGUGAUGACAUUUGGGUUAGUUUACACCGUAUAUGCUACAGCCAUUGAUCCCAAGAGGGGUGGCUUGGGAACUAUAGCACCUCUGGCCAUUGGAUUCAUUGUUGGCGCAAAUAUCCUGGUGGGUGGGCCGUUUGACGGGGCAUCCAUGAAUCCGGCAAGGGCAUUUGGACCAGCCCUGGUAGGGUGGAGAUGGAGGAACCACUGGAUCUACUGGGUUGGACCAUUUAUAGGUGGGGGGUUGGCAGCUCUCAUGUACGAAUACAUGGUCAUACCAACAGAGGCUCCCCACCACACACAUCACCAGCCCUUGGCUCCCGAGGACUACUAGUUCGUUGAUGGUAUAAUAAUGUCAAUGUAUGAAUUGGAAAAUAGCCUCUGCUAGCUUGCUCCCUGUGCAAUUCAGAUGUUCACUAG